AUGUAUGUAAGUUCUAAGCCCGGGGGGAAAAGCUCCGUUGGGGAUCAUCGUAAGGUCUACGGAAUUGACCGCCAGAUCGUGGUGACCACUUUGGUCUCCUCCGUCACCGUCUCUACCUCCCAUCAACGAUCUCCUCAAGGGCAAUUCCGGCCUUCUUCUUUUCUCUCCCUCCUCCCCUUCAUCCUGUUGUGGCCGUUGCAUGUAUAUCACCAGAAGCACCCUGUGAACCUGAUUGUUCUUGGUCUCUUUACUGUGUCAAUAAGUCUGCCUGUUGCCGUGACCUGCGCUAAUACCGAGGGUAGGAUUGUGCUGGAAGCACUAAUUUUAACGUCAGCCGUAGUGUGCUCUUUAACUGGGUACACUUUCUGGGCCUCUAAGAAGGGCAAGGACUUCAGCUUCCUUGGACCAAUUUUAUUCACCAGCCUCAUUAUCCUCAUCCUGACUAGCUUUAUGCAGAUGUUCUUUCCUCUUGGAUCAACGACUGUUGCUGUAUAUGGUGGAAUUAGUGCUCUGGUCUUCUGCGGAUACAUAGUCUAUGACACUGAUAAUUUGAUCAAGCGCUUCACAUAUGAUGAAUAUAUUUUGGCCUCUGUCGCUCUUUAUUUGGAUAUACUGAACCUGUUCAUUUCCAUUUUGCGGGUGCUGAGGUCAGCUGACGGUUAGAUGUACAGUGGUCUACAACCUGCCUGGAUUAGGCUUGAAAACACACCAUAUGGUGUGUCAGUUUAUGUGUUCAUUUAGACUUGAAACUGAAGUAUGAACCAUGGUAUUGAGGAUAUUGUACAUGUUCCCAUGUACUCGUGUUAGUGCCCUCACAAACUUUCUUCCUCACAAACUUUCUUAAGUGUGGUAAAUAGAUAUAUAAUUGGGAUAUUUUUCCAUU